CCUACGCCAAGUUCCGAAAUCCCACUCGUCUAUUACUGCAUUUGGCGACACUGCCAGUGCACCAACGCUUCCGUUCUCAUUUCUCAUCUCCCCAUUCCCAACCCAACGCCUCGGAUUCUCAACUUUUCUAAACCCCAAUUCCUAAACUUAUACAUAAUUCACAAAUCGAAGUAGAUAUGAAACGGAAGCGUGGACGCCCCAAAAAAUCUGGUGCGAAAAAGCCUACUGUGGAGAAUGUUGAUGAGGAAGCGUUUUUGGACUUCGUUGCCAAAAAUGUCGAUGGAACUUCUGUGCCUGAUCGACCUAAUGAUUAUGGGUUUAGUUUGUAUGAUUCUGAUAGUUCGUCUGCGUCUUCGUCGUCUUCUUCUUCAGGCGAAAGUGAUGGGUUUCAUUUCGAGGGAGGAGUUGGUAGUGGUUUUCAUGAACCAACAACUGAAUGGAUGGUGAACAGACCAGCUAACAAACGUGCUCGACCUAAGAGAGGGGAAGCCUCAAAGAAAGGUACAAGUGCUACAGUUAAGACGUCUAAGGGAAUGAGAUCUUCAAGCAGGAAAGAACUACAGUCGAAGAACCCAUCUCAUUAUUCUCGGAUUAACCAGAAUGAAUUGAAAGCUACCUUAGAGGUGAUUAAGAAGGUUAUGGAAAUGGAUGAGGCUGUACCUUUCAAUGCUCCUGUGGAUCCUGUCGCUCAGGGACUACCUGAUUAUUAUACUGUCGUAGAUAUGCCUAUGGAUUUUGGAACAAUAAGUAGCAAUCUUCAAAAUGGUAUCAAGUACCUGAACGCAGAAGAUGUGUAUAAGGAUGUGGAGCAUAUUUGGGAGAAUUGUCGCAAGUAUAACAAAAAGGGUGACUACAUUGUGUACCUUAUGAAAAGGGUGAAGAAGAAGUUUAUGAAAUACUGGACUGCUUCAGGACUACGAAGUGAUAUUCUGAAGAAGCCUGGUGUGGAUCAAUUGUUUACCAGCAUGAACCAACCUCAACCCAGCCACUGCCAAGCAAGUGAAUCAAAUCAGCCUAGGACAGGCAUUUGGCGGCCUCAGCCUUCUCAGGCAAGUGUAGGUGUUUCUGGUGCAGGCAUGCCACAUGUUGACGCUAGCAAGGGGGGAAGAAGACAUACGAAGAGAUACUCUGAAAUCCCAUCAGUGUCGGGCCCUGGGAGCCGCAACCACCCUCCUAGGUCCCAAAACACCACACUUAAGAGAAAGAAGAGCGGUCGAGGUCCCACUCAAUGCCAUUUCAUGUUUGACUUGCCUGAGGGUGAGCGAAUACUUGUCCCUAUCAACAUGCUGGGACAACCUGUUGGUGCUGAAGCAUCAAAGCUAUCUUCCUUCUUGGGCAUCAUAGCACGAAAUGGUAAGAUGGCGCCACUUAAUUUUCUGGACUGGUCAAGAAUACCAGAUGCAAACAAAGAGGAUAUGUGGCAGCUUGUGCAGAUGAAGUUUGAUAUUGACCCCACGGGCAAAACUUGGGUUAUGAAGUCCCUUGCAUCAAAAUGGAGGAACUGGAAAGCAAGAUUAAAGGCUGACCAUUAUAACCCUCAUACAACUGAUGAGGAACGUUUGAAGGACUGUAACAAAAGAGUCCUUCCUGAUCAAUGGGCAGCCCUUGUAUUGCAUUGGAACUCUGAAGAGGUGCAGUUGCGUUGUGCUAGAAAUAAGGCUAACCGUGCAAAGCAGAAGAGUGCCCAUGCUGCAGGUACAAAGAGCUUUGCAAGGAUACGCGAGGAAGAGCUUGCAAAGAGGGCUGAUGGAAAGGAACUUACUAGAGGAGAGUUAUACAUCCUAACCCGUACACGUAAGGAUGGACGACCUGUGGACAAAGUAGCAGCAGAAGCAAUAACAAAACUCCGUAAACUAGAAGCUCAGAAGCAGCGGACUUCACAUGGCAGUGAUGACUAUGAUGACACCUACGGCCAAGUUAUGGGAAAAGGAAAAGGUAGCCAUAUGCACUUGGUCGGGUUGGGUCCCAGUCCUGCUGAUGUCUGGGGCCAAAAACCUAGCCCUUAUAGUCUUAUGAGGAUGGGUUUGGAGGCCAAAAGAUCAGCUAAUGAGGAGGUAAGCAAGAUGUUAAACAAAAUGGAGGCAAUGGAGCAAAAGUAUGCAUCCCUUGAAGCACAGAUAGUUAAGAUGACUUCAAAUAUGGAGAAUCUGAUUGACAAGAUGGGUGCUUUGGGUUCAAAACAGUUUCCUAAAAAUGCUCCUAAAGAUUUACUGCCACAAGCACAUUCAUCAAGUCAUGCAGUUCAAUCUGAUGAGGUUGACUAGAGACUACAGAGACGCAUGAUGCUCACAGUACUUGCUCAAUUUAUGUUUUGGAACAUCUCUCCCCUUCUGUUGGCACAGGAUAUUAUUGUUAGGCUUGAUGGAUUGAACCUGCCUUUUUGGAUUGGACACAUAAUGCCAACUGCUACACAAGCUUUAUGUAUUUAUGCAUGAAUUGUUCAUAAUCAUGAAUUUUGUUGCUUGUAAUCAGAGUUCUAUAUUAUUUGGUUUUGGAGUGAUUGCUGAUCA